AUCUGGCUGGUGAUUUACAUUUCAACCAAUCAGACGACAGACAAACUUGUGAUUUCAAUUUUCUGACCAAUCAGAAUCAUGAAGUGUACUAUAGUACCGCCUCUGCCGUCAAGGAACUGUGUUCAGUUCACUGCUGGUUGCGGAUAUCAUUUCGGGUAAAAUGCCUUUGUUUUGACACUUAGCUGUUUUUAAUAAAGUAUGAGAACCCGACAAGUUGGAUAAGGGAGGACUUUUGCUGAAGUAACGGAAGGAGGAGUUCCCAGUCCUUUGGAAAGAUGGAGACUUUGAUUCCCACUAUCAACCGGCUCCAGGAAGUCUUUCUGACCGUAGGAGCAGAGAUUGUACAGCUUCCUCAAAUAGUUGUGGUUGGAUCUCAGAGCAGCGGAAAAAGCUCAGUGCUGGAGAGCCUGGUUGGACGGGAUUUCUUGCCUCGAGGAUCAGGAAUAGUCACAAGACGUCCACUUGUCUUGCAGCUUAUUAAUGUUGCCCCUCUUAAGGAGAGACUAAGAACUGAAAAUGGAAAUGGGAUUAAACAAAAUGCUAAAAACAGCUACCCAGGAAUCAAAGCUGAGGAGUGGGGUACUUUCUUGCACUGCAAGAAUCAGAUUUUCACAGAUUUUCUGGAAAUCCGUAAGGAGAUUGAAGCGGAGACGCAUCGAGGUUCAGGCGACAACAAGGGAAUCAGUCCAGAGCCCAUAUAUCUGAAGAUAUUCUCCCCCAACGUUCUUAAUCUGACUCUGGUUGAUUUACCAGGAAUCACCAAGGUUCCUGUUGGGGACCAGCCUGAAGACAUUGAAGCUCAAGUGCAAGAGAUGAUCCUCUCCUUUAUCUCCAAUCCAAACUCCCUUAUACUUGCGGUUUCCCCGGCCAAUUCGGACCUAGCCACCUCUGAUGCGCUGAAACUGGCUCGCGAGGUUGAUCCAGAUGGUCGUCGGACACUACUGGUGGUCAGCAAACUGGACCUGAUGGAUGCAGGAACCGAUGCUCUAGAAGUCCUUCUGGGUCGAGUCAUUCCCAUCCGGCUCGGGAUUGUCGGAGUUGUUAACAGGAGCCAGCAUGACAUCAAUACCCAAAAAACCCUACAGGAUUCCAUGAAAGACGAGCAGGCCUUCCUGCAACGCCACUACCCCUCGCUCGCCUCCCGUGCUGGUUCCCACUACCUGGCCAAAACUCUGAGCAGGCUGCUCAUGCACCACAUCCGGGACUGCCUGCCAGAGCUCAAAACCAGAGUGACAGUGCUGAGCGCCCAGUACCAGGCACAACUCAACAGCUACGGUCAGCCAGUAGAGGAUCACAGUGCCACUCUGCUGCAGAUUGUCACCAAGUUUGCCAGUGAUUAUUGCAGCACCAUUGAGGGAACAGCCAGACACAUCCAAACAUCAGAGCUCUGCGGAGGGGCUCGGAUCUGUUACAUAUUCCACGAGACGUUCGGCCGCACGCUGCAAUCCAUCGACCCCCUAGGAGGACUGACGGAUUUGGAUAUCCUCACCGCCAUCCGCAACGCUACGGGUCCGAGACCUGCCCUUUUUGUGCCCGAGGUGUCCUUCGAGUUGCUGGUAAAGAGGCAAAUUAAGCGUCUGGAGGAACCCAGCCUGCGCUGUGUUGAGCUUGUUCAUGAAGAGUUGCAGAGGAUCAUCCAGCACUGCUCCUCCUUCAGCACUCAGGAGCUGCUACGAUUUCCCAAACUGCAUGAUUCCAUUGUGGAAGUUGUGACUGGAUUAUUGAGGAAGCGCUUGCCAAUCACAAAUGAAAUGGUUCACAAUUUAGUGGCCAUAGAGCUUGCUUAUGUCAACACAAAACACCCGGACUUUACAGAUGCAGCGCAGGUCUCGGCAUACGUCAACAGUCAGCAGGCUGAGGCCAGUGAUGGAGGGAAGCGGUGGAAGAAUGAGAAGGUUACUGAGGAUAGAACUCCAGCCACAGGGUUUGGCAGCCCAAGUAAAGGCCAGGCCAUUAACCUCCUUGACACGGCAAUGCCCACAUCCCGCAAACUGAGCGCGAAGGAGCAGAGGGACUGUGAGGUCAUCCAGCGUCUUAUCAAGUGCUACUUCCUCAUUGUUCGCAAAAGCAUCCAAGACAGCGUGCCCAAGACAGUGAUGCAUUUCCUGGUGAACCAUGUGAAAGAGCAUCUGCAGAGCGAGUUGGUGGGUCAGCUCUACAAGCAGCCGCUGCUUCGGGAGCUACUCAUCGAGUCGCAGGAAACCGCGCAGAAGCGGACUGACGUUGCUCACAUGCUCGAGGCUCUUAAAAAAGCUAACACCAUCAUCUCUGAGAUUCGGGAGACCCAUCUGUGGUAGCCAGAAGAAAUCGGGUUUCUUCAUCAGAGGAUAGCUUUGAGUAAUAUGAGUGUAUGUGAGUUUACUGUAGAGAGAGUCUCUGUUGCAGCAACACCUAGAGCACAUUAAGAUCUGAUCUUUCCUCAUUGGCUUUGUUGUUGACCACACUGAGAGGCUGUUUUUUACUGUGAAUGUUAGGUACGGUUGACCAAUAAAUAUACACUCAGGCCAAAAAUCUUAAGGUAAGAAAUAUGGAAAAACACAACCAGGAACAAAAUCUUCUUUUUUUUGUGACAAAGUCUUUGUUGAGUCAUAUGAUCUGCUGUAAUUGUGAAAUUAUUGUGUUAUGUGGAUUAUUUAUGCUUCUUUUUUGUUAUCAAAUGGUGUUAAUCCUGUGUAGCUCCAAAACAUUAAUCCUCUUUAAGCAGGCGCAAAGGAGGUGAUCGAGUCAAUACUCUAACUCCAAAUCAGCUGGUUACUGGUAUCAAGGUUUUUUAAAAAGGUUACAGGUUCAAAACCUCUAAAGUUUUACCAUCAUUCUGUUACUGCAGUUUAAAGCACUUCUAAUUGACAAGCCAGAAAACAUGCUGGUGUAACCAGAGUUUUCUACGACUGAAUGGAACAGAGUAGGGCAGCAAUGCCCCUCCUCCACUGGCAGCUGUGCACUGGCAUCAGCUGGCUGAACAAAGUAUAUUAAACGUUUCUGUCACUUACAAAAAAGACAGAUUGGGUCAUUCGGACAUAUUUCUGGUACAUUAUGGUGUGCAAACUAAAGCAGUCCCACCCACCCAUAACUUUCAUUAAUGUAACGCUGUUAUAAAACAACAGUAAGCAAUGAGUGACUGUAAGACAUAAAACAACAGUUAAAGCAACUGGAUCAUGUGACACAUGUUGGGUUUUAAACUGUUGUGUAAAAACUGCCAUUGUUUUUUCGUUCCAACUGUAUUCGUCGUUGCUUGGCAGGGAUGGAAGUCAAUUCAAAAAAAUCAGUCAGCUUCGUCUGCAAUUUGUAAAUUGACUUUUAGUCUUAAAAGUCAAUUUACAAAUAUUAUUCCAUGAAUAGAUAGUUUUUUUUAGCUCCAUAGUUCUGAUAAAUAUCUUUUAUUUAUAUUAUUUAUAAAUCAAAGAAAAUAGCUUUUGCAUAUCAGCCAAUUAUUUUGUUUCCUAACAUUUCAACUUUUCUGUGUUUAUUAAGGAAAACAUUCCCACCAUACAUUUCCUGAUUGUAUUAGAUACUGAGAAGGCAAUCUUUGCGAAAACUGAGCAUCAUUUAGUUCAUGUUACUGAAAUCUCUUAAAAAGAUGCAAAUGCAAAAGUAGAGCUCUUUGACUUUUUGUUCAGAUGGUUGCUUUGUUACAUUUUUCCAGGCUAAUUACCCUCUUCUUUUACCUGUGAUGAAGCACAUAGGCUUUUCCCAUACUGGUAUUCUUUCCAACUUCCCUUAAAAUGAACAACUCAGGAUGCAGAUACCUCCUGCAUGAAAUCUUUGUUUGCUUUUACAGUUAUAAACGUGGAUCCAACAUUACCCAGAUCCACCUGCUUUCAGGCUGAUCUUUUGCUCUGAUUAUUGUGUAAGAUGUUUCACCUGUUACUUGUUCUCAAGUUUCAACGUAGUACAAUCCUCCUUCAGUUUGCAGGGUUCCUACUCGGCCGGGGAAAGUAUGGGAAAAUAUUUGUUAGAAUUGAUCCGUCCGUCCUUCCAUCCAUCCUGAAAGAACUGAGUAUUACUGAUAAUUGAAGUUUGGAAAAUUAUGGAACUUCAACAUGAAACAUCUGUUGGAGCCCCAAACCCUGAAUCAGGAUUUUAUAAUAAGACCUGUUUUUAUGGGACCAUCAAGCAGUAGCUCCAUCAUCCUGUCCUAAAGUCACACCUUAUGAAACCCCUUUAAUUCUGCAUGUGUAAGUCCAGUAUGCAUCUGCAUAAGUGUGAAUGAAUGUGCAUUUUGUAUUAUUUAAAUGUAAAUUAUCGUGUCAGCUGCUGCCUCAAGAGUUCAUGCCUGCCAAUAUUUGUGAUACAUGUUGAAAAAAGUCAUUAAACUUUAAAAAUGGA